AUGAAACUUAUGAAUGAAAAACAGGAAGAUCGGAUAUCUCAAAAGAUAAACGAAAAUGAAGAUGAUACAACGGAUGAAAGAUGGGAAAGACAAAAUCUACGAUUUGGAUGGGGAGGCUGGACUCCUGAAUGGCUCCAGAGGUUCAACACGAUCCGUUGGUUUGUGUUCUGGACAUGUGUGUUCAGUCUUUUCCAAGGGUUCAUUGUUAAUGGCGUAAUAAAUGCUAUCAUAAGCACGUUGGAAAAACGAUUUGAGCUCCCAAGCUCGAAAUCAGGGCUCAUUGUAAGCUCGAAUGAUUUCUUUGCCUGCUUUUUAGUGCUUUUUAUUAGUUACUAUGGCAGCCAUCGCCACAAACCCAGAAUAAUUGGUAUCGGAAUACUGACCCUGGGAUUGGGAUCAUUUGUGUUCUCGUUGCCACACUUCAUGACUGGAACACACAAUGUCGGCACCGAAGCCAUCGGUAAUUUUGAAAAUGUUUGCCGAUAUCAAAAUGAGACCACUUCCGGUUCCUGUAACGUGAAAAAGUCUUCCGACCUACAAAAUUAUCUAUGGAUAUUCAUGCUUGGGAAUGCUCUCCAUGGGGCGGGAUCAACGCCCAUGUUUACACUUGGAACGGCGUUUAUUGACGAGAACGCGCAGGCGAAGAUGACAUCAUUAUAUUUAGGUAUCAUAUACGCUGCAGCAUCUGUCGGAGUGGCAGCUGGUUACAUGCUUGGGGGUCAGACGUUAAAUCUGUUUACGGAUUUCAACGUGUUGGAUCCUGAACAUAUUGGCCUCUCCCCUAUGGACCCUCGUUGGGUUGGUGCAUGGUGGCUCAGUUUUCUUGUUAGUGGUACCGUCAUGUGUCUUGUUGUACUACCCAUGUGUGCCUACCCAAAACGAUUACCAGGAAGUGCCAAGAUUCGGGCCGACAGGAAGUCGGAAGCAUAUCAGGGAGGGAAUAGUGACCAAAUGACCAAGGAUCAAUACGGAAAAGACUGGAAGGCCUUUCCCUUAGCAAUGUGGAAUCUAAUCGUGAAUCCGACAUUUUUAUUCCUGGCCAUUGGCACGUGCACAGAGGGCCUAAUUGUGAGUGGUACGGCUGCGUUUGGUCCAAAGUUCAUGCAAGAAAAGUUUAACUUACCAGCAGCAUUAGCUAGUUUUAUUAUGGGUAUCAUAACGGUGCUUGGUGCGGGCGGUGGUAUGUUGUUGGGUGGUUAUCUCGUGAAAAAACUCAAACUGAAAUGUAAAGCUAUCAUUAGGAUGAAUCUUAUAUUAGCGUUAGCCGCCGCUGUGAUGGGCUGUCUCUUCUUAAUCGGCUGUCCAACACAGGACAUAGCUGGGGUCACCACACAGUACACAACACACGGGCAGCUUACAAGUGAACCGAAUCUACAAGAUCAGUGCAAUUCCGAGUGUGGAUGUUCCGCUGUGUUGUACGAGCCAGUUUGUGGCAUGGAUGGAUCUAUCUAUUUCUCACCGUGCCACGCCGGAUGUAGCCUUGAUUUCGAAUGGCUAGAGGGUCCCAUGGGACCAUUUAAGUUUUAUAGCAAUUGUUCGUGCGUCACUGCGUCAUUGAUAGCAAUGACUAACAGCACAUUACCAACCGAACCGGAAGUUUCGACACAAGGACCAACAGCAAAAGAGAGCACAACACAAAUGAUUUCCUUGAAUGUAACGGGCCCUCCCAUUGGUGCAUUCCAGGGAAUUUGCUUAUCGGAAUGCAAAUUAUUCUAUUUGGUUGCCCCCUUACUUUUCCUAGGGAUGCUGUUAACGUUUAUGACCGUUUCACCCACCCAGACCGCCACGUUGAGAUGCGUUCCAGAAUCACAAAAGGCUCUAGCAAUAGGGACACAAUGGCUGCUGUUGAGGCUGCUUGGAACAACUCCAGGACCGCUUAUGCUUGGAUAUAUUAUUGACAGUGCAUGCAAAGUUUGGCAAGAUGUUUGCGGUGAAACCGGAAGUUGUUGGAUAUACGAAAAAUCUGAUAUGGGAAUCCGGAUUUUUAUAUGGUGGUGUUUAGUGAAGUCUUUCAGUAUUGUAUGUUAUUUUCUGGCUCAGUAUUUCUAUAGACAGCCUAACGAUACCACAAAUGAGUUACCGGAGGAGGAAAAAGCGAUGCAUCCAAUAGGAAAUCUCGACACAAGAGAAAAUGUUAUUUGA